AUGUCGGAUCAGAGCGUGGUUACAGGUGAAGCUUUAAGCAGACGCGCCUACAUUGGUGGUCUUUCUAGAUACAUAACCGAAAACGAUCUUAAAGAUCGUUUUGGUUCCUUUGGUGUAAUAUCCAAAAUAGAUAUUAUACGCGAUUCGAACACAGUCUAUGGUCGUGUUGCCGGUGAUUCCGCAUCCCGUUACCUAUUCCAGAAUUUGUCAUGUGCAACUGCCAAUCGUCGUCUAGGGCAAAUUACUGGACAAUUGGCUCCAUAUCAAGCAACCGUUUCUGUUGACCCUGCAAGUCAAAAAGUGAACUUGGAAAUUUCUUGGAGUCAACAAAAAGAUGGUAUAAGUCAGUAUACUCCAGCUCAAACUUCUCAAGCUUCACCAAGCCAGGAACCGGCUCCAGAGAAGAAAGCAGAGGUACCACGUGAGAAGAAGGAAUAUACCGCUGAAGAAGUUGCUAAACAUAAUAAAGAAAACGACUGUUGGGUAAUAGUUAAUGGUGAAGUUUUAAACGUCACCAAUUUUCUUCCAGAUCACCCUGGUGGUAAAAAAGCCAUUCUAAUUUAUGCUGGAAAGGAUGCUACUGAAGAGUUCAAUAUGUUGCAUGAAAAAAAUGUAGUGCAGAAGUAUUCACCAGAA